GCGGCGCUUCGGGAAGCCGCGGGGAGGCCCACGCCGGGCGCCGGCUGCCGGGGAAUGGCGCCGCUGCGGGUGCUGGAGCUUUACAGUGGCAUCGGGGGGAUGCAUCAGGCCUUGAAAGAAAGUUGUGCAUCUGCAGAAAUUGUUGCUGCUGUUGACGUGAACACUCUUGCCAAUGAAGUUUACAAGUACAACUUUCCCAGCACACCAUUAUGGGCAAAGACAAUUGAGGGCAUAACACUGAAAGAAUUUGACAGAUUAUGUUUUGAUAUGAUUUUGAUGAGUCCUCCCUGUCAGCCAUUUACAAGAAUUGGCCUGCAAGGUGAUAUAUCCGAUCCACGAACAAAGAGCUUUCUCUAUAUCCUUGAUAUUCUCCCAAGACUUCAGAAGCUUCCAAAAUACAUACUUUUAGAAAAUGUUAAAGGAUUUGAAUCCUCUUCUGCAAGAAAUGAACUUUUGCGAACACUAGCAACAUGUGGAUUUACGUAUCAAGAAUUUCUCUUAUCUCCAACCUGUAUUGGCAUUCCCAAUUCUAGGCUGCGAUACUUUCUAAUUGCAAAGCUUCACCAAGAACCAUUCUCCUUUCAAGCUCCUGGUCAGAUAUUGACAAGAUUCCCAGAUCAGGAUCUAGAAGACUUACUCAAAGACAAAGUCACUGACAAAGUGGGUGAAGCUUGUUCUUCCUUGUGUUCUGAAGAGAAGAAUCUGGAUCCAAACAUUGGCCCCAGUUGCAGCAGCAAGAAGAGUUUACCAAAAGGGGCCUUUCUGUUUAAACUUGAAACAGUAGAAGAAAUGGAAAGGAAACAUGAUCAGGACAAUGAUUCCUCUAUUCAAAUGCUUAAAGCUUUCUUGGAAGAGGAAAAUGAAGAAAUGAGUCAGUAUUUCAUACCACCAAAGUCCUUGUUGCGCUAUGCUUUCUUAUUAGACAUUGUUAAACCCACCUGCCGGAGAUCCACAUGCUUUACAAAAGGGUAUGGGCACUAUGUAGAAGGGACAGGCUCAGUUCUGCAGACAGCAUUAGAUGUACAGCUUGAAUCAGCAUUUAAACAUAUUGAGGAGUUACCAGAAGAAGAGAAGCUUAUGAAAUUGUCAACACUAAAACUUAGAUACUUCACCCCAAGAGAAAUAGCAAAUCUUCAUGGAUUCCCUUCAGAAUUUGGGCUUAUCUUCAGGGACAGCUGUGAGGUUCAAUAUAUUUGCAAACCAGAACUGAACUCCGAAGACAAGUCAUGCUCCUGAGUUUGAAGAGCAUCCAGAGCAUCUGUCUAUGAAGUGCUGAUUUAGCAAAUUUGUCUUUUGUGACCCAGGAACUGAGGAGGGAAGGACAGGGAUAGAUUCCACCUCUGAGGGUAGUACCCUUCUGCCUGAAUCAUAGGACCUUCUUUACAGUUCUUGCAGUUCUCUGCCUCUCUAUACUACUUUCCCAGCUUUCAGAACACAUAAAACAAGCUUUUCCCAUCUAGUAGUUUCUGCUCACAUAUACUCCUGAUUCAUAGGCAGACCAAGCUUUUCCCAGUGCACUGACUCACAAGCCUGACUUUCUUUCCUUUUUGCUUAAUCUGAGACAUUUCCUACUUUGUGCUUAAAAACCCCAGGGUGUUACUCAGCUUUAGGCUGAUUGAAAUCUUUGGUGACUUUAUGUACUAUAAUCUCAGGUACUAUAGUCUUCUGAGGGUUUGCAAACUAUGGGGUGGGCUUUUUGAGAGUUGCUAUAUUUAUGGCUACAAAAGGGUGUUUCCCUGGCAGCAUUUCUUCCAUGUUAAAUUUCAAGUCAUUAUUGUGAAGUGUGGUAUUUUCAGAGAGAAAUAUGCUGUAAUUUCUCUGUCUCCAUGUUCUGUAGUGACAGCAACAUUUAGGCUGAAAUUUUCAACAACAGAAAUCUUGAGGGUAUACCCACUGCAAAUAUAUUGUUGAUCUAAGAGCUAAAGAAUGAGAAAACUAAAGUGGAAAAUGAAGAGAACAUCAGGAAGCUUUGUAACAGAUGCUGUUUCUAGAUGCAGCUAAAGUAUUCUCAGAAGGAACAUGAUUGUCUCUAAAUGGUUCUAUAUUUAACAAACUGAUGAUCUUUUCCAGUAUGUGAGAUACAGUUAAAAUUGUCUGUUCUUAACAGAUUUAUUUGUGCUUUUAACAUCUGAAUGUAUAAAUAGUAAUUGCACUACGGGUCAAUGAAAUACUGCAGUCAUUUGUCUUAGUUGCUGCUGUGGAUCCCACAGCAAUAUCAUUAAAAGUGAUCAGAGCAUUCUUGCACCUGUGACCUGCUUUCAUGGGGGGAUGUCAGGAUGCCUUUUCCAUUUUUCCCAUUUGUGAUGUAUGUAAGCUAUUAGGAAACAAAUGGCAGCCCCAUGGAAAACCAGCACAGUGUGGUAGUGUGUAUUGCAAAGACCACAACAUCAUCAGGUAACAUGCGUAACUUAAAUGAUACAGUGAGAGCUGUGCAGGAAGUGCCAGCAUAAUGUGAUUUGUUAAGUCUGACCUUCUG